CUAGUAAGAUACCCUAGCUUGCUGCUUCUUUCCUGCCUACGGUUUCCCUGCUUCGCUUGUUCGCCCAUCCUCAUUGAUUGCAGUCAAACUGCGCUAAACCUCUUCACCUCCUUGCAUCUGAUUGAUCAUCCUCCAUUUCAUCCCCGUUUUUCCAAUCCAUCCACUUCGAUUCAUCUUCAACCCCGACCACCAUCAUUUUUCCUCAAUCCGCCCUUCCCCUUUGUACAAUAUUGUCAUUUAUUCUUUGCCCUGCCUGCGCCUGGAGGAACCUUAACCGCUGGGAGAGGGUCUCUUUCGUUCGAGAUUGAGUCUCGAAGCGCAUACUUUCCCUGUCCUGCUUCGCCCAGCAAGAUCGUUGUGCCUGACUUCCACCCGCCGCCCGCCCAGCUCUCUGAUCGACGCCCAUUCUUCCCCAUCUUGUCUUCGCCUGCGCUGAUCACCUUCGGCUUCUUACCUACCACUCUCAGACUGCAAAGAUCACUUCACAGCCUCCGUCACGUUCGUGUCACCAGCCUUCAUUUUGACAAACCUCUCUAAGCUUGAAACGGAGUCGUUCCCCCGAAACGCUCGCUUUCGACCUUCUACCCUUCACUUCCAAAAUCAUCUCGGAGAUUGUCAAACAUGGGGUGCGGUGCAAGCAAGGAAGACACUGCCGGAAAGGCAAGAAACGAUGAGAUUGAGAAUCAGCUCAAGAGGGACAAGAUGGCCCAGCGCAACGAGAUCAAAAUGCUUUUACUUGGCGCUGGUGAAUCGGGAAAGUCCACAAUCCUCAAGCAGAUGAAGCUCAUCCACGAGGGUGGUUAUUCGCGUGAUGAACGCGAAUCGUUCAAGGAAAUCAUCUACUCCAACACCGUUCAGUCGAUGCGUGUCAUACUGGAGGCGAUGGAGUCUCUCGAACUGCCUCUGGACGACCAACGAGCCGAGUACCAUGUCCAGACAAUCUUCAUGCAGCCACCGCAGAUAGAAGGGGACAGCUUGCCACCUGAAGUGGGCGCAGCCAUCAAGGCCCUGUGGCAGGAUGCUGGCGUUCAGGAGUGCUUUAAACGAUCAAGAGAGUACCAGUUGAACGAUUCGGCACGAUACUAUUUCGAUUCCAUAGACCGCAUCGCCGCUCACGACUACCUUCCCAACGACCAAGAUGUUCUUCGAUCUCGAGUCAAAACCACUGGCAUCACCGAGACCACCUUCAUCAUCCAGGACCUCACGUAUCGCAUGUUUGACGUCGGUGGACAACGAUCUGAGCGAAAGAAGUGGAUUCACUGCUUUGAAAACGUCACCACCAUUCUCUUCUUGGUUGCUAUUUCAGAAUAUGAUCAGCUGCUCUUCGAAGAUGAAACUGUCAACAGAAUGCAAGAGGCGCUCACUCUGUUCGACAGCAUCUGCAAUUCCCGAUGGUUCAUUAAGACCAGUAUCAUCCUGUUCCUCAACAAAAUCGACAGAUUCAAGGAGAAGUUGCCCGUGAGCCCGAUGCAAAAUUACUUCCCUGAUUACGAAGGUGGCCCUGACUAUGCCGCUGCUUGUGACUAUAUCCUGAACCGGUUCGUGUCGCUCAAUCAAGCAGAGACAAAGCAAAUCUACACGCACUUUACCUGCGCCACCGACACCACACAAAUAAGAUUCGUGAUGGGAGCGGUCAACGACAUCAUCAUCCAAGAGAACCUUCGGAUGUGCGGUCUCAUAUGAUGAUCAUUCGCAUCGCUAUGGCGUUUUCUCGUUACAGCUUCGAUUUGCCCACGACUUGCAUAUACCACCGGCGUUAUCAGGGGGGGACGGCUUUACCGACUAUUUCUUCGAUCAAAGUUUGGCAAAGAAUUGCCAGUUCCACACUUCGAGCCAAAAGUGCGAUUGACUUUCGAAUUCCUCAUUUCACUUCUUGGAGAUGAGCAAACCCUCUUGUCCCAUCCGGUGCCAGUCAAAGAUGACGGAGUUCUCGGCGAUCGAGGUACUUAGUUCUUCUUCGCUGUCUUUCAGCAGAGCGGCUUCCGUGCAGGUCGCGUGCAUCAUAUUCCUGUACCCAUGAGCCAUGUACGGAGGGCCUUCCAAGGCGCCCAAGAAAGCGACUCUUUUUCCCACUCCCAGUUGAAGAUUUUCCGGAGCAGCGACGGACGGACGACCAAAGGAUAUUGAGAUUAAAGUGGUGUGGUUAUGAAGAGGCAGGUGAUGGAGGAGUUGCUUGAACUAGACUUUCGGACCCAAGAAAUCGGGCAUUGUAUAUCACUCUUUUUCCGAAAGAAGACAUAGGCAAGCAGACGUGAAUGACUGUAAAUCUCUCAGAAAUGGAUUGGAUUGGAUAUGCUCGACUCUUGCAGAGAAUUGUGCUUUUCGAUGGCCGCUCCAAGGCACAUACGUCCCUUCACAGCAGCAUCCAGCAUCCAGCAUCGAGAGGCCUGGCAUCCUGCUUGAUGUAUCUUCUUGUAGGCCAACAGCUCAUUCUGACGG